UUUUUCUCUCUGCCCGCGUGAUUCUGGAGCCGGCUCUGAUUGGUGAGAAGGUCGGUGACGAAAGAAGCUCUGAACCAAUGAGAAGGCGAGGCGGGCACUGAGGGCGGGUCACGUGACCGGAACAGGAAGCGGGAGCGUCGCUAUGACGGCGGCGCUGACGCAGGGCCUGGAGCGGGUGCCGGCCCAGGCCGGGUACCUCGUCAUCAGCGACGGCGCCGUGCUGGCCUCCUCGGGGGACCUGGAGAACGACGAGCACACGGCCACCGUCCUGCAGGGCCUGGUGGCCACGGCGCUGGGGCUGCGGCUGCCCCGCGGCCACGAGCCGCCCUUCCGGCGCCUCUCGGUGGUGUUUGGCGAGCACUCCCUCCUCGUCACUGUCUCGGGACAGAAACUCUUCGUGGUCAAGCGCCACCACCACGUCCAGGAGCCGGUGGCCGUGUGAAAGAUGUCCCCAAAGUGUCCCCAAAGUGUCCCCAGAGGGGGUGGCACCGCCCCCGGCCGCCUUCUGCUGUCCCCAGAGCGUCCCCAGAUCCCCCCCGUGGGGACAAUAAACGACGUCCGAGGGUG